AUGACGAGUGCAGAACGACUGGCCACCAAACCGACUGAUGCUGCCAUGACAAGGUUCUACGGGCUGCCCAAAAUACACAAAGAUGGUGCCCCACUUCGUCCCAUCGUAUCCUUGCGCGGGACACCCACAUUCAACCUGGCCACAUGGAUGUUCCGGCGCCUGAACUGCCCCACCUCGGGCUCCGACACGACGGUCCGCUCCUCCGUCCAUUUCCAGGAAAGACUGAAAGGCCUGCAAAUUAACACAGACGAGGUCAUGGUGUUGUUCGAUGUAACCUCGCUUUUCACCUCGAUCCCAAAGGACUUGGCAGUCGAAACUGUCAGCGACCUCCUCGACAUUCAAUACACGGAGGCAAACAAUACCCCUAGGAGGGGGCACCUGGUGCAACUGCUUAAAUACUGUCUCCAAACUUUCUUCACAUUUGAAGGGACUGUGUACGAACAAAUCAAAUGUACGCCGAUGGGCUCACCACUAUCCGGUUUCAUCGCUGAAGCUGUUCUUCAAAAGUUCGAGACGUUGGUGUUCGCAACAUAUAAGCCAAAAUUUUGGGCGCGGUAUGUGGACGACACUUUCGUCGUUCUCAAACGGGAAAUGGUCUCGAAUUUCCACGCGCUACUGAACUCUGUUCUUCCCGAUAUUCAAUUCACCAUGGAGACAGAACACAACAAUCAGAUCGCGUUUCUGGACGUUCUGGUCCAUCGCAAGGUCAACGGGAGCCUGAAAACCACGGUCUAA